UUAAGGAAACCUGCGGGAUAGGGGUCUGGAGUGCCUGGUGUUUUGUCGGCUUGUAUUUCAAGGGAAACACGUGGAGGGACUGGUUGUUGCCGACGGGAGAAAGUCGCGGGUUUUUCGACGCCAUCUUGAGGACCGAAUUCAAAAAGUAAUGCCGUCUCUGUGCGCUGCUGUGGGCUGCAACAACACCAAAGCCCAAAAGAGGGACUUAACUUUCUAUUACUUCCCCCAAGAAAAGGCACGCAGACAGGAAUGGAUCGCAGCCAUGAAAAGGUACUACUGGACUCCGACAGCUCACUCCAGGCUGUGCAGCGAGCACUUUGUCUCAGGACAGAAAAGCGACAACCCUCUCAGUCCGGAUUAUGUUCCCAGCCUCUUUAAAUUUCUCUCGCCUCAAGAACGCCAGCAAAAGAUCGACGACUACAUGGAAUUUGAGCGAACCCACAGAUUGAGAUACAGGACUGAUGAUACUGGCGUGCCGACAGCCGGUGGUACUGAUGCAGACGUGGAGGACAGUGGUGGUAUACGAUCUCAUGAGGAUGGAAGUCAGACCGUUGAACAUGAUGAAAAGACGGCUCGUGAUGAGAGCAGUGUGCCAUGCGUCAAAGAAGAGGACACUUUACAAGUGCAGGAUGAGGCGCACGAGUCCCCCUUUAAACAGGAAGCUUUCAGCGACGAUGCCGACAACACCACGGAAAAGAGGAAACUGGAGAUGGAAGCUGAUGAUGGUGAUGCUGGCCCUUCUGCCAAAAUCAGCAAAACAACGCAGAGUGAGGCCAAGAAGAGAAACAGAAGUUACGACCGCUCUCUCUCUCUGGGUGCUCUGGCAAAGAAGUUUGCCGAGCUGAUCGAGCGCCCCAACACGGUGCUUGACCUGAAUGCGAUCGCGCAGCGGCUCGACGUCCCCAAACGGCGCCUCUACGACGUCACCAACGUCCUGCAAGGGGUCAUGCUCCUCGAGAAGAAAUCCAAAAACCUCAUGCGGUGGCUGGGCCCACAACUGACCCAACGCGUGAAAAAAACUGAAAUCCAAGCUCUCAUUCAGGCGGAGGUGGCGCUCGACGAGCUGAUCGAGGACUGCACGUCGCAGCUGUACCAGCUCUACGAAGACAGUUACACUCAUGGGCACGCUUAUGUGACGUAUGAAGAUCUCCUGGCGAUUCCCGCCUUAAAGGACCAGACGGUGAUUGCAGUCAAAGCUCCCGUCGAGACAAAAGUUGACGUGGCGCAUCCAGAAGACGCCUUCAGGAUUCACCUCUGCAGCAGUUUGGGACCCAUCGACGUGUUCAUGUGCUGCGAUGACGAGGUCCCAAACGACGCCCCAGAGAGUAACCUGACCUCGACCUCCGCGUCUUCUCCCAAAGACAGUAGUUGUGCAAUCGAUAGUUUGCCCGAGCCGACGCCACAUUCAUCACCAGUCUCCGUCAGCCCUCACCUCCCCUCGGCCCCCCUCUGAAGGCCAGCGAAGUUCUGCCGUCCAAUCUGUGGAUGCAUCUCUUUAUGUGGAGAAGUAUCGGCUGAAGGGAACCGAACACCUAGCCAACCUCUGGAGAAGUCGCCGCAACGGCUGUUUGGGAAAUCCAGUCAUUUCUGAAGACAUGGAAACGCCACACAAACAGGAUACCAAGGGCAGACUGGACAAGAUCAAAGGGAUUUAAUUUUUCCCUGUGGGAUUUACAGGUAUUAAGGAGUGUCGAAAGACGUUGUAACAUCAAGGAAUCGGUUUGGAGACCUCUUGAAGUCGUCCGUUUUAUUCCUGCCGACUGCUCAAGGCGGAACAAAAGUUGCUUUUUUUGAGCCUGCUGGCUGCCGCCGUGUGUUUAAAGUGCACGUGUUCUGUGUUUGCGGGGGUUUUCGUUGGGGUGCGGUGUGGAGAAGCCAAUCUAAAGGCAUGCUUUUAAGGGGAAUUAGCGACUCCAGAUCGACUGUAAGUGUGACUGAGUUCGACCGUUGCAGGAUGUCGCCCGCCUUCCUCCGGCUCACCGUGACCUUGGUCAGGAUAAAGUGGUUACCGGAGAUGGAUGAACCCACUCGAUCUGUUCCUAAAGUUUUCUUUAAACACGAUUAUAGGAUUGUUCAAAGUCAUCUGCAAGACUUUUUGCUUCCAUGUGCUGCAUGCAUGAAGGGGAGGAAAAGGAAAAAAAAAAAAAAACAGCUUUCAGGAUUCAGAGUGCACAACAGUAUGAUUGAUGAGGCUGGGUUUUAUUGCUAAAUCAAUCGCAUUCAGAAUCAAAUCUUGUGCCCCCGUGCAGACGGUUAACUCCCAUCACCCUGCAUUGACAUGCACAAAAUCCAUGCCCUGCUCGCCUGAUUUGACCAAAUAAACUUGAAUACUUGUAAUUUCGUUACGUAAACAAAGAAAUGAUUGGGUUUGGAUAUGUUCGGCGGUGCGUCAGCCGCUGCCCACUGGCCUGUGUUCUGCUAUUGGAUCGGUCUAUUCUUAUGAGUCAGCUCAUGUCUAAGCUGUCUAGAGUUUUUUUCUUUUUCUUUUAAUUUUCUUCUUCUCAGAACUCUGACUUUUAUAGUGCUGCAGUUUUUAUCUAAUAAAGAGCGAUUCAUACUCCCCGGUGCUCCCUAAACUCUGAAGUUGUACCAGAAACAUCAGAGCAAUAGUUCCUGAUUAUGGGUGAAACCUGACGGCUUUUCACAGACCAAACGGCUUUGAGAAAGAAGGUCGGCCGCUACGAGCCGGAGUUAACAAAUUACUCUUCAGGCUGUUUUGAGGGAUUGUAUCUUCUGCUGAUGACACGCUGCAUCAUUAAAAACCUCUCGUCUGCUCUGAAAAGCUUUUGGCUCAUCCAUUUAAAAGCCCGUCAUUGAGAAGCUGAAGUCCAGUCCAGGUGAGCUUGGCUCUCGGUGUCAAAUUAAUGUUCUUCACAACACACACUCGGGCUCGUCCAGCCAGAAAAGCACCAGUGUAAAUGUUUGGGGUGAACUAGUUCAGGGUUCUGCUGGAUCCACGGCAUUUAUGCGAUUUGCCCCGUCACUGUGAAGAAAGGCUCCGUUUUAACGGUGCGUCAAUGUAAACAUCGAUUUUCCCUUAAACCUGCAGAAUGAAAAGGCUUCCGUUUUGAAUGUAAAGCUCAGUGUUUCUCUCCAGCUUUCAUCAGUGGCCCUGAAAAUUUGGUCAGAGGUUUGAAUGCUUGCCAGUGGAAGAAUGGGGCAGAAACUGCAAGGCUGUUCUGAAGUGCCUGGCUGCAUGUUUGCAUCUACCAGCGGUUGACGAGAAGCACGCCACUACAAGGCACUUAUCGGCAAACGCUGUGAAAAUCAAAGCUGCCUGGAGUUCUUCAACAUGCGCGCCCGGGCGAUUGGCUCAGAGAGACGGAGGAUCGGCGCGUCGCACGGCCCUGAAGAGCUCCAUUGUGUCGGUGGUUGGAGGAGCUUAUACAUGUGCGACAUGAAAACAAAUCCAAGUGCUAAGGUCGUUUUAAUAAGUAAACUUCAGUGUUGUGAGGUUUCUUUGUUGACGACCACUUAGUCUCCAGUGCUAUUCAUGUAGGCUGUGCAAAAGCUCAGUACUUGCGUUAAAAAUUAGAACUUUAAACUGAAACAAAGUGUGGUGUGUGUGUCCAUGUUGGUGACCGCUCUCACCACAGUUCAGCCUUGUAGCUUACACAGGUUACUCGAUUUAUGGUCCAAAUAUCAAAUUGUUCUUGUUUCUUAUUAAAAGUGGAAAUGUUUCAAAAUAUAAAAGGAAAAAUAAUGGAAACGGCACCAGUGGUAUCGGCAUGGUCUGAAUUUAAAUUAAGUAUUAAAACGGGCUCUAAAAUGAGUGAGGUUGAAGAAUAUCUGGGAGUGAUUACUUUCCUUUCAGGCCUCACAUUUGUCUUUUAUUUGUUGAGUCAUAGUUAAUAAAACUACAGGAGACAACUCGUUGUUGCUAAAUUCAUAACUACUGGGACCUUUCGUUAACCAAACAAGCAUGUUAUAUUUGAUUCCAGGCAAGAACUCUCAAGUUUAUUUGAACUGUGUGCGUCUGCUUCUCGAAGAGAGCAGCUUGAGCUUUCCUCUUUCACUGGUGAGAACAGGUCCCUUUUCUGUUUUUUCAGAUUCACACUGUUCAAAACUGGUCUCUUCACCAGUCACGCUCCCUGUUUUCUGAGUGUUGCCCCCAUGCGGCUCGGUGCAGUUUGUGGAUGGAGGCACUAGGAGGCAGCGAGAAACCACGGAAUCAAACGCACAACAGGCUGGUGGUGUUUUCACACUGUAAUGUGAAUUGUUUGACUCUAUGAAAAUGAGGCUUUUAUGAAUUCCUGGGGAAAUGUGUGAGCCUUGUUCAGUGUUUUCAGAGAGCAGGCUCACGUCACGGCCGCCACUUCUCCGUUGCUCUGCGUCACCUCUUGAGCUGUUGGGACAAUGAGACUUUUAUUUGUCGUGGCUGGAUCCUGAUCAAGUGAAUUUGCUAGAAUCAGCCUGUUCAUCAGGCUUGAAAUCAGAAUUGUAUUGGAGCUGGGAUACAUGCAGACCAAAGUUAGUUCCUGACUUCUCAGAUGAUCACUUUUUUCCUUAAAUCAUUGGUUUUCAUUAAGGGGUCAGCAGAGAUCACAGGUGGGAUGCAAAGCUUUUGAUUUUAAUUAUAUUGGUCAAAGAAAACCAUUCUGAAGCUGUUUUCUGGAAAUAAUGAGCAGACCUGGAAACAUUAUGAAGGGUUUUGUAUCCUGGUUGUUGGGUGUGUCUGUUGGUGUUCAUGGCAGAUUGAAGAGUCUCCGGCAGUGGGGUCAACGAGGUUGUAUCCCUCUGAGACCUUUUCUGUAGACAUCGGAGAAAACGGAUAACCAUAUGUCUGCAGCGUCAAUCAGUACAGAUUGAAACUAUCACGACGUGUGAAUGUUGAUGGACUAAAAUAUUGGGCGUUUCUGCAAGCAUCAUACCUGUGGGAAAAUUUUUUUUAACACUUGUAAAUAAAUCUAUUCUUU